AGCACAACCACUCUUUCCCCAGGCGCUCGUCCCUCCUUGAUUUCUUCUGUUCCAUCAUCCUUUGCGCAUUGACCGAGUGAUAUAAUUCUUGGUCGCAUUGUUGCGGCCUCGAGUCAGAAACAUAUCGUUGUCACCCGCCUAUCAAGCCUCGGCCGAGCAAGUAAACAAAGGACCGCCGAUCAUACCAUUUGUUCCUCAGCCUUCCUCAGAAGACGCUUUACAUCCCCUCGACUCCGAGGCUUCCAGAGCCCUGCCUUGAUGCAUACCUAAGUCUUCGAACCUUGCGACACUAGACCGAAAACAUGUCCUACCAAUACAGUGUCACGGAGCGCAGGCGGAGGACGGCCAACACUGGUGGCCCUGGCUACACAGGACAAAGAUCAACAUUCGGCUACUGGGUGCCAUUAGCAGUAACCGUCACAGCGGCAGCCAUUGGCAUUGCCGCAUGGGUAUGGAGCGAGCGUCGUGAUGACGAAGAGCAGUCGAGUGAAGACGAACCCUCCCCUAGUGGAGGAGUCCCGCCUCCGGGAUAUGCAAGCAUGAGCGGUGCUCUACCUGCUGGACCACCGCCGCCUGGUAGCUUCCAGGGCCCUCCAGGUCCUGGUCCGGAAGGCUUUCAAGGCCCCAGUAUGAUGCCUGGUCCGAAUCAACCUGGAGGGUUUCAGGGACCUCCUCCGCCUGGCGGUUUUCAAGGUCCGGGAGCUGGGGACUACCGGGAGGCCGGCGAGGAAUUCCAGUCCAGUCGCUCGGUGGCGGUAGAGCAGCAGGAGGAGGCUGGUCUAGUAGCCAGAAUGUCUAGCGCUCUAGGCCUUGGUCGAUCAACCACACCAUCCCAAGGCCCCGCGAAGGUGGAGGCCAAUCAAUCUUAUGACUGGGCGAACAGGCCAUUUGCCUCUGGUGUGGCAGCGGCAGGCGCAAUGGUCGGUGCAGCCAUCAGCUCGCUCAGAAGUGAUGGUGGUGAAGGCUAUGAGGACCACGAAAGAUGGAGUGAGGAAGCCGAGCAACGAGAUAACGAAAGAGAGGUCAAGCAGGGAAUCAAAAGACGGGGAACAGCCGACGAGUUCUUCUCUGGAAGUAUUGAAGUUCCCAGAGAGUCGUCCAUCGCCCGCCAGAGAAGGAAAAAUGUAGCUGUGGUUGUCUCAGCUGUUGGCCUUGGGGUUGCCGGUGAAUCAGAUCAUGCUUCAAUUCUGUCACAUCUUCCUGAAUACGUGGACUCAGACACGACAAGAGUGUUCGUAUUGAUCUACGCGCCAGAACUCAAAACGCACCCGGUCAGCCAAAGGAGAGCUUCACAGUCCAUGACAUCGUCGUUCUCGAAUAUCAGCCAGACAGAUGCACAUACACCAGCUCAGACCCCCGGCGACUUCCCUUCAGGGACAACCGACGAUGGAAUCUUGGCGCACGUUGAUCCCAAGCCAGUAGAGGAUACGGCGUCUUCUUACAGGACUCUUCACGACCAGGCCCUAGCGAUCGUUGACAAGGAGACGAUGAUACUGCCUUUCAUUUCUUCAAGAGGACACAAGCACAUUCUCCGAAGUCUCGCGCCAGAACUCGUGUAUAUCCAAGAGUCCCUAUGCGGCCAAGAUGGAGAGAUUAUAUCUGAAUUGUCGGGCUGGGUCCGGCAGACUGUCGUUGUUAUUGGUGAUGAAGGUGGCCACGGUGGUUUGAUCGAUACCGACGAUGAGUCGGUCACUCAGAAGCCCGAGACAUGGUGGCAGAAAGAGGAGCGGACUGGGCUGGGAAAACGGGUGGCUGUUGUGGAAAGUCUGAAAAUAGGGGAGGACUGGCAAAGACGGGUUAAUGAUCGUGAUUGAAGAUGAUGUACCUAUGUUAUGUUAAUGAGGUGAUCUACUUAUCCUCUGCGAUAUGUAGCCCUGGUUAUGCAAGCGAGUCCUGCAAAACCUUUCUUGCGUCGAUAGCUGAAGGGUUGAACGGUCUUGUUCAUCUAUAGCGGUCUUGUGGCUUGGGACCAAGUCGUCAAAACCAUGUAGAUCGCAAUGUACUUCGUACUGCUUGGUGGGCUCCUGCGGUUGGGGUACUGGG